AUAUUCUCGAUGUUCGAAAGUUUGUUUCCGUUGAUUUUGUUUUUGUCUUUUAUUUGUCAAACUGUGUUUGACGGUGGGGUCCUUUUUAAAUAUUUUUUAUUAGUUAAACUUUUGAUUGAACAUUUUUGACUGAGUAAGAGACAUUCAAGUUACCUUAUAGUUACGGAUUGCAAUACAAUGAAUUUGUGGUGAGGCAUUGGGGAGUAAAUCGCAGGCAUUCAACAAAAUCCUACAGUCCAUGGCAAUCAAUAAUAUUGUAAAAUAGUCAAUACGAAAUCAUCGAAAUGGAAGCAUCAUCCCAAUCACCUCCUUCCAUAACAGAUCACUUCAAAAAAAGAAAGAAGGCAACCAGUCAGAGGCUGAGGAUCAGCAAAUCCAAGCUAGAUGUCAAUUUAUCUGAAAACAAAAUAAAUGAUGAUAAUUUAUCAACUGAAUCGAAUAGCACGCACAUAAGACAGAAACUAAAUAGACAAAAAUCUCUAAUCGACAAUAAGAAGAUAAGAAAGAAACUAAAUAGACAAAAAUCUCUAAUCGACAAUAAGAUGAUAAGAAAGAAACUAAACAGACAGACAUCUCCAAGUGACAUUAAUUCAUCAACUGAAUCAAAUAGCACGAAGAAAAGAAGGAAAACAGUUAGACAGAAAUCUCCAACCGAUAAACUUGAUGGUGAAAACACGGAAGUCGAGCUUGAAAUAAGGAAAAAAAUAUGGGAUAUAUUGGAUAGAUCAUUGAGGGAGACGGAUGGUGACCUCGCAGCCGAGCUCGAGAGAUCACGGAAAGAAAGCUCUGAUGUUUCUGGGGCAGUUGGAUCUCCCGGCAAGGAGCAAAGUACCUUGCGUGACCUUGAUGAAAGUAUUAUAAAAAAUGUUUCAUACGAAGAGAAGGAAAGUUCUGUGGUAGCAGUAACACAAUCGAAUGAAUCUGGAACAGAAGAAAUUUCCUUCUCGGAAGUACACUGUUCAAGUUCCUAUGAGUUCGAUGAAAGUAUUCUGAGAAAUGUUUCCUCAGAAAACCUUGCUGGACCAAGUGGAUAUGGAAUUCCAUCGACAGAAAACAAGACACAAAGGAACGUACAUAGUUUAAGCUCAUCAUGUGAUAGUUCAUUCAAUACUGAACUGAAUUCACCUGAACUGAUCAGUGCAAUCAUCGAAGAUAGUCUCAAUGAUAGUACUCACAAUAACUCUGAUCUCAAAGUAUCAGAGAAUAAGGCAAUAAUCAUCUCGGAUGAAGCAGUUGAAAUAGAAAAGAGCAGUGACUUAAUGAGAACACCACAAACUGAGUCAAACUCAAACAAAGCUGAUGUUUCGAACUUGGAAGAAUUCCCAAUAAAGUGGGAAUGCGAAGAACUGGAACAGAGUUUUUCUGACCUCGUUGAUGAUUUGGAGAAAAUUAUAGACGAGGAUCAGCUAACCUCCACACCAAAGAAGAGGAAACCGCAACCUCCUGAUGCUACUAGUCCAACAAAAAAGGAAAAAUACUCUCCGCACAUAGUCAAAUCUCCUAAGAAGUAUUUUGGAUCCAGUGCUAAGAGGAAACUCAUCAAAGAUAAUCAAAAUAGUUCUCCUUCCUCAUCUUCCAAAACUAAAUCCAAAGGAUCGUCGACAGUUACCAGUAAUAGCAGUAAAACUAACAAUUUUUGUGGUUCACAAAAACUUAUCAGUGAAUAUUUCCCUCAAAGUAAACCCGAAUCCAAGGUUGGUACAGAACUGAAAGAGGCAAUCGGCCGGAGGAAUAGUGUGGAUUCACCAUCGAGAAAUUCUGAUGAUAGUAAAAUAUUUCCAUUACAUACGAGUGCUCACCUGAAGAUUUUUGAAGAUUGCCUUCAACACAUUCAAAAAGUUAUUCUGCCAGUAGAGCGAUAUUUGUUUACCGAGGAUGAAAUUCUGUUCUUGAAGUCUGUUGAAGAUCUGAACAUUUCUGCUAAAUGUCUCUACUUCAGAUUGCUAGUUAGAAAGCAUAGUUGGAUAAGGAGGUCAAAAAUCAAUUAUGAUGAGCUCAAUUCAUCGUUGGACAAUGAUUUGAAGAAACUUGAAGAAUUCGGCCUAUUGAGCAGUGACUACAAUGAAGAAGAUAUUUACAUACUUCUGGAAUUGUUGACUAAUCCUGAGUUGAGAAAGUUGUGCCGUUCAUUUCGAGUUGGAGAUCAAGGGAAUAAAUGUUCUCUAAUUCUGAACCUGACUAAAAUGUCCGAUAAACAGUCAACACUCGAUGGAAAAAAUGAUUCACACUUCCUGAUUAGAAAAGCCGGAGAAAUGAGCUUCUAGAAUCUAGAUCAUCAAAUGUGGAAUUUGAAGAUAACAAGAAGAAAAAUUAAAGAUACAGGUAUAAGUUACACUAA